CACGGUAAUAAUAAUAGCAACAGGAAUGCCAAUGCAUUUGAAAUAUUUCCUUUUCACUCACUGUUGGUUUAGGUAUCCCUUGGCACCAGAGCACCCCUACCCAGCUCAACAGCGCAGCUGCUACGUGGCUGUAUCGUACUUUUUGAAGCAUGCGGUGGACUUCGGCGUGGACCCUCAGCGGAUUGUGUUGGGUGGCGACAGCAUCGGAGGCUCCAUUGUGGUGGCCAUUUCUCAACAACUCGUGCUCAGACAGGACCUGCCCCAGGUCCGGGCCCACGUGCUCGUCUUCCCUUUCCUCCAAGCUCUGGAUUACAACCUGCCUUCUUACCAGCAAAACCAAUGGGUGCCCUUUUUAUUAAAGACAGAUGUCGGCCAUUUUGGCAAGAUUUAUGUCACCGGAAACAGCUUGGGCGCAGAUGCAGUGAUGCUCAACGCUCAUGUCCCGGAGAAGCUCAGGAUCAAGUACCAGAAAUGGAUCAGCGCCGAACAUAUU